AUGUUUAAACGGAUCGAAUUGAAAGACUCUCUUAGUGGAAAGAAAAUCUUCAAAGAGGUUAAUAUUCCAAGGUCGAUGGGACCAUUUGUCGCUAAUGGAAAACAAUUAACUUACAACUACCCGAAUACAUUCAAUAGCAGCUACCAUAAACAGUACUCUGUGAAACCGACUAGUCCUUCACUGCGGUCACACCAAAGACCAUCAUCAUAUUUGGUAGAAUGCUCAAGGAAACAGAAAUUUGGACCUCUUGCCCAUUCAUUUGCCUUUUACGUUCCUGCGGAGAGAUUUAUGGCAUUACUACCCAAAUAUUUGGUUCCUCAAGAUUGUCUAAGAAGUUUAGGUUAUCCAUUUGAAUCAAUUCUCUUAGGGAACGUUGCUACAAGUUGGGAAGAACAAAGUCACCCUUCUGGAGAGAGGGUUUAUGUCAAAACAUGCUGUAGAUGCAAAAAAAUAUUCCACGUAGCUGCAGAUUAUUACAUUACACGAGAAAAAUGUUGCCAUCAUUGGGGGAAGCUAAAGAAAAUCAAUGAAAACGGACUACUCAGUUAUGAAUGCUGCAGUAAAGAAAAUGGCUCUAAAGGGUGUUCUGUGAGUGGGUUUCACGUUUGGAGUGGACCUUCCAAUGGAAUAAGUGGCGCUGGUUAUGUUUCUACGAAACGAAAUUCUAUGACGAAUAUAUACUCGUAUAAAGAUGCUUAUGCUGUUGAUUGUGAAAUGUGCUACACAGUUAAAGGCCUCGAAUUGACCAAAGUCACCGUUGUCGGUAUAGACGGUAGUAUUGUAUACGAUUCAUAUGUGAAACCUGACCAUGAAAUCGUCGACUAUAACACUAGAUUUUCUGGAAUUACGGCACAACAUAUGGCAAUGAAGAAUACUCGAAACAUCAGACAGGUACAGAGGGAUUUGAUGAAGUUCAUCCACGAAGGGACGAUUCUAAUUGGCCAUGCAUUGGACAAUGACUUGCGGGCCUUGAAGCUAGUUCAUCAAAACAUUGUUGACACUGCUCAUGUAUUUCCUCACAAAAAUGGUCUUCCAUAUCGAAGGUCGCUGAAGGAUUUGGUAUCGACCAUUUUGAAUCGUAAUAUACAGACAGGAGCAGUAGGUCACGACAGUUAUGAGGAUGCUGUCGCUUGCAUGCAGCUAAUGUUCUGGAAAGUGAAAGCGGACUUUCGCAUUUAG